AUGCCUAUCUAUCUGGUCAAAUCGUUGUUUUGCUUUGCGGUGUUGCUUAAGAGUGCUGCAGGGCUUAUUCCAGAGGGAAAAGAUACCUUUCUUGAUGGGGAAGCGCUGAAGACUGCCAUGCUCCGUGGAAGGGUUUACAAGCAAGAAUCAUUUUUGACCGAAAGCCAGGUCCAGACCGUGCUUCAAGAAAUAUCCAAGCUCGAAAGGGAAAAUGCAUUCGUAAGGAAAGGCCUCUCAAACACAGCAGUUGAAAAUACAUUUGAUGAGAAAUUGGACCGAUCCAUAUGCCCCGUCCCUUGGUUUGGAGACGCACUUGCAGGGAGAGAUACACGGGAAAUCCCCAAAAUCAUUCGUCAAUUGCAGACAAGCCUUAGUGCUGUGUUAAAUAAGCCUUCAAUCGCUGACUCUAAUUCAGGGCACGAAUGUUAUUUUUCCAAGUCGGAAAUUGGGUCUCGUUUGCCCCGCCAUAUGGAUUCGCGGCAUGAGGAACUCAAAGGAAGGCAGGGAUGGCUACUCCCUUCUCGACGCAGCCUAUCAUGGCUCGUCUACCUAAGCGAUCCGGAAGAGUGGAGUUUAACAAAAAACGGAGGAGCUUUAAGAAUUUUUCCACAAAAGCAUGUGGUGGAAUCCGAUUCAACUCACGACGGCAAUCUACAGGUGGGUUGGUUAAUCGAUGAUGGUAUGGCCUCGAGACCGGUGUACCUGGAUAGUUGGUUCCCUCUUGUCACCACCUCCGUUUCUGCCGAUGGUAGUAUGUUUGAGCAGGUAGAGCCCCAUUGUGUAUUGUAUGCAGUGGCUGACAGUGGGCAGAAGGAGGAGCUUACUCGACCGUGGUUGACAGAGAACCUUCAAGGGACUCCAGUCCUUGAUUUCCUGAGACUAUACGCACUUCAAGACUCCAAAGAAGGAUCAUCACAAGUUCUGUUUGCUAAUCGAAAUAUUGCUCGACAGUUUAAACUCUUGGAGGAUCGUCAAGCUUGGGAUGACGGCAAUAUUCCUCAUGGGUCUGAGGUUGUUGACAUUGUUCCUACUCGAGGCUCGUUGGUGGUAUUCGACUCGGUUAAGUUACCCCACCAGGUGCAAGUGAUUCAUAAUGGAACGAGGCUGGCGUUGGCAGGAUGGUUUCACGAAGAGGUUGUCAUGAAUCUACCUAGUCUGGCAAGCUAG